CGGUCGAGGUGAUGAGACGGAGAGGGCUGAGCUGUGUACAGAAUGUCCGACAUUUAACGGAAUACUUCGGGUUUUGAUGGAUACACGACCCUUACUUAUUGGAUUCAGUUGUAUUUAUACAUGCAGCGAUGGAUCGUCGAAGACAAAGGGAAAGCUUUUGGAUUCAGUGCGUCGCCUUGCUUUGUUUAUUUGGCUGGUCUGCAGCGCAGAUCUCUUACUCCGUUUCAGAGGAGGUGGACAAAGGUACGUUUGUGGGGAAUCUCGCUAAGGAUUUAAACCUUAAUGUACAGGACCUGGAGUCGAGGGGUCUAAGGAUUGUAUCGGGACAUAGUAAGAGGUAUUUUGAUGCGAAUCUGAAAACAGGACUACUGUUAGUUAACGAGAGAAUAGACAGAGAGGAGCUUUGUCCGAAUACGAUAAAGUGCUCUUUGAAUAUCGAAGCCAUAUUAAGCCAUCCUGUGCUUCUGCAUCGUAUUGAGGUUAAUAUUUUAGAUAUUAAUGAUUACACACCAUCUUUUGUUGAAAAAUCCCACACAUUUAACAUCUCUGAGUCUUCAACGCCGGGCGAGCGAUAUAUGCUACCGAUAGCAAAUGACGCAGACAUAGGAGCUAACUCGGUAAAGAGCUACAAGCUGAGCCCGAAUGAACACUUCUUCCUGGAUGUACAGAGCGGUGGAGAGCAGAGUGUGUCUGCUGAGUUAGUACUGCAGAAAGCGUUAGACCGAGAGAAACAGCCCGUGAUCCAGCUCACACUGACCGCUGUAGAUGGAGGAAAACCUCCACGAUCUGGGACAUUGCUGAUAGUAGUGAACGUAAUUGAUGUUAAUGACAAUUCUCCAGUAUUUUCUAAGCCGCUUUAUAAAGUUCGUGUUCAUGAAAACGCGCCUUUUGGGACAAAUAUAUUAACUCUCACUGCAACAGAUUUAGACGAGAGCGUAAAUGGUGAGAUAGUGUAUUCUUUCUUAAAACGUGGAAAUCUGGACCCCUCAAACAUGUUUGCCAUCAAUUCAGACACGGGUGAAAUUACAGUUAAGGGAAAUUUGGAUCAUGAAGAUAGUCCUGCAUUUGAAAUUCGAGUUCAGGCGAUGGACCGAGGGCAUUCACCUCGCAGUGCACAUGGUAAAGUGUUAGUUGAUGUUAUUGAUGUCAAUGACAAUGCCCCAGAAAUCUUAGUGACGUCACUCAUGAGUCCAGUGAAAGAGGAUGCCGAGAUGGGGACAGUGGUCGCCUUGGUGACAGUAACUGAUAACGAUGGAGGUCAAAAUGGCCUCACUAACUGUGAACUUGUAGGGGAUGUUCAUUUUAAACUAAAGUCGAACUACAAGAACUAUUAUUCGUUAGUGGUCGACGGGCCUCUUGACAGAGAGAGGGCUGCUCAGUAUAAUGUCACCAUCACAGCUACGGAUGAAGGGACCCCGCCUCUCUCCAGCACCAGCGUUGUUACUGUACUGGUUUUUGACGUGAAUGACAACGCUCCUCGCUUCUCAGAACCAGUGAUUAAUGUUUAUGUCAAAGAGAACAGUCCGGUAGGUGACGUCAUUUAUACGAUGUCUGCUUUUGAUCCAGAUUCAGAUGAAAAUGCAAAAGUGACGUAUUCAUUAUUAGAUAAACGUGUUUCAAUAUCAUCAUCUGUAAAUAUAAACUCGGAUACAGGAGUUCUAGUCAGCCUGCAGUCGUUUAACUAUGAAGAGAUAAAAACUUUCCAGUUUAAAGUUCAGGCCUCAGACUCUGGUGUUCCUCCUCUCAGCAGCAACGUGACUGUGAACGUUUUUAUCCUGGAUGAGAAUGACAACAGUCCUGUGAUUCUCGCGCCCUAUUCUGAUCACGGCUCCGUUAACUCUGAGAACAUUCCCUAUUCUGCUGAAGCGGGCUACUUUGUGGCCAAGAUCAGGGCUGUAGACUCCGACUCUGGUUACAAUGCGCUGCUUUCUUAUCACAUCUCUGAGCCCAAGGGAACCAACCUCUUCCGAAUCGGAACCAGCACCGGGGAACUAAGGACUAAGAGGCGAAUGAGUGACAAUGACCUGAAAUCUCACCCGUUGUUGGUGUUGGUUUCUGAUAACGGAGAACCCUCACUGUCUGCGACUGUGUCUAUUGAUGUAGUGGUGGUUGAAAGUACAGGUGAAAUCCAGACUGAAUCCAGAAACGUACCAAGAAAGGAGGAGAGCUUCUCUGAUUUAAACCUGUAUUUGCUGAUCGCCAUUGCCUCGGUGUCAGUGAUAUUUUUACUGAGCCUGAUCAGUUUAAUAGCUGUAAAAUGCCACAGGACAGACGACAGUUUCAGAAAGUACAGCGCCCCAAUGAUCACCACACACCCCGACGGGAGCUGGUCUUACUCUAAAUCUACUCAGCAGUAUGACGUGUGCUUCAGUUCAGACACACUGAAGAGUGACGUAGUGGUUUUCCCCGCGCCGUAUCCACCUGCAGAUGCAGAACUGAUCAGUAUUAAUGGAAAUGACACGUUUGACAGGACUCAAACAUUACCCAGCAAAGAGAAGGUAAGAGGAACUCUCCUCCGCAGAUGUUUAAAUGUGUCUGCACUUCCAGUUUCAAUGUGUUUUGUGUUGUGCGAAAACAGACAGAGAUAUGUGGCAUUGGGAAAUAUGAAGAUAUGCUUACAUCAUGGCAGGUUUCAGAUUGAUAUAACGUGUCCCCAUUUUCAGCCUACGGAUGCAUAAUGUAUCAACGAUUUAUAGGCUACUGUGAAUACUUGUUUCCAAAUGACUGUGUUCACCAAGCGGUGAAAUAGUUUUGGCUGCUGUAUAUGGGGCUGAAAUCGUUUGUGCUUUAUGCUUACAAUGUCCAGUGAUGUUUCUAGACCGAUAAUUGUCACUGGUUAAAUUGAAAGUAUGCAAACCGUGGUAUUUCGCUUUUCAGAGUUGUCUUUGCGGCCUUGACAGCAUUACAAUGUCGAUAACCCUUGAGCUAUCCGUAUCAAUGCUCUGCUACUCGUCCUAGAUUUUUAUAGCUUCUGCCAUCGAUAUCAGAAUAUAAUCCACACAUAGUUUAUUGUUCAACGUGGCUAGACUUUUUGGCUCCCUUCCCUGUGUGUUUCAUUUGAACAAAAACUUUCGUUAUUUUACAUACCUUUCGCUGAGUGAAUUACGAACACGAGUUUGAUUACUUGAAGUUAUCUCUGUAGGCCUAUUCUAACACAUCAGAGAAAACUAUUCAUUUUAAACGAGUAAUGUAUUAAAGCAACACACGGUGUCACUAUAGACCACGAACGGAAGAUACAUCAUUGACAAACUAAGACUCCUCCUUUCAGAAUGAAAAAA